ACAAGGUUCUUUCACUAGUUGCAACCAUCAUGUACGUGAGUUAUCUUUUGGAUAAAGAAACCAGCAUGUAUCCGGGAUCCGUAAGGUGCAACAACAACCUACCAGUGCAAAAUUUUGUCUCGACUCCAUCCUAUUCAGAUUACAUGGGAUAUCAUCAUGUGCCAAGUAUGGACAACCAUGGACAGUCUAUGGGAGCUUGGGGAUCUCACUAUGGCACGCAAAGGGAAGACUGGAAUACUUAUGGCCCAGGACCCUCCAGCGUAGUUACUGCUGCACAAAUCAAUGGCUCGUCUCCUGGGCAGAUCUCGUAUAGCUCUGCUGAUUACAAUUCCCUGCAUCCUGCUGGAUCUGGAGUUUUACCUCCUGUAGAUACUAUUAACACAGAGCAAAUCUCUCCCAACAGUCAAAGGCACAGCUCUUAUGAAUGGAUGAGAAAAACGCAAUCUACCAGCUCAGGUAAAACAAGAACAAAAGAAAAGUACCGAGUUGUUUACACAGAUCACCAGAGACUAGAAUUAGAGAAGGAGUUUCAUUGCAACAGAUAUAUUACAAUAAGGAGGAAGUCUGAACUUGCAGCAAACCUGGGACUAUCUGAGAGACAGGUGAAAAUCUGGUUUCAGAAUCGCCGAGCCAAGGAGAGGAAAAUGAUCAAGAAGAAAAUCUCUCAGUUUGAUGGCAGUGGGGGCUCAGUUCAGAGUGACUCAGGUUCAGUCAGCCCAGCUGAGAUGUCUAACUCUCUGUUCCCGCCACCACAUGCAAUAAAUGGAUUACAGCCCAUUGAGAUACAGCAGGUCAUAGUCUCAGAAUGA